GUGCAGUACAAACUGGCUGUUGCUCGCAUUAUCAUUACAUAGCAGCGGGAGGAGGACGAGGAUGCGGAGAAACAGCUAACCACAGCCUUCCUUAACACCGGAGCUUCCUUUGCCACCGAAAAAACACGACCAAGAACCAUCAUUGACAUGCACCAAACUUGGAUGUCCCUAACCAAGCUGCCUUCCUUCGUAAAGAGAUAGUGAGUCAAUGGCGUCCUUGGGGCAAUGACAGUCUCUUCUCUUUGGCCUGAAGAGCUGAUAACUGGAGAAAAUGUCCCGGUCUAUUCGUUAUGGGGGAGUCAGUUGCCUGCUCUUUUUGGUGUUGGUGUCCUGUAUGACAUCCCAAACAAGAGCGGCCUUGAUUUCGGACACAAAUCGCACUGAAAGUGGCAUUCAGAAUGCUAGUACAUGGACAGAUGAAGGGCUAGUCCCAGCAGCGCACACCAAAGUGAGCCAGAUAAUUGCCCGAGAGGGAAACUGCGUGCUGAUUGAUUGUAAUUUCACUGGAGAGCCAUUCCCCAAUGUGCGAUGGUUCAAUUCCCAUGGAGCGAGGCUGGACACAGAUAACGGUGGAAAGUGGUGGCUACUAGACAAUGGUGUCUUGAACAUCUCAGAUAUCGAGUUUUCAGACCGGGGUAAAUACACAUGUGUCGCCUCCAAUGUCCAUGGGACCUCCAACUGCACUGUCACCCUGCGCGUGGUAUUCACUAACGGAGAUAUGGGCGUGUACUACAUGGUGGUCUGUCUGGUCACCUUUACGAUCACCAUGAUUUUAAAUGUAACACGCCUUUGCAUGAUGAGCAGCCAUUUGAAGAAAACUGAAAAAGCCAUCAACGAAUUCUUCCGCACGGAGGGAGCUGAGAAGCUACAGAAAGCAUUUGAGAUAGCCAAACGUAUCCCGAUAAUCACGUCAGCGAAGACUUUGGAGCUAGCCAAGGUGACGCAGUUCAAGACAAUGGAGUUUGCGCGAUAUAUUGAAGAGUUAGCACGUAGCAUACCACUCCCGCCGCUAAUUAUGAACUGCCGUACGUUAAUGGAGGAGAUUUUGGAGGUGGUGGGGGUGGAGGAGAUGCGACACGCAGCAGGAAGAAUCGCCAUGGGACCACGUGACGUAUUUAGUAUCCUCCAAGAGCGGCACGAACGGGAAUCACGUAUGCGAGAAAGGAGUGAAUCCCCCGCAGCCGAUUCGGAUAAUUCCUCUGUGCAUGAGCAGCCGCAGCACAUGGCCAUACAAGUGUCAGUGCACCCCCCACUGGUCACAGGAGAGUACUGCAAUGUCGAACAGGAGUCACCACAAGCCCCACCCACCACAGCUAACCCCGAAACUCCGUCUCUUGCCCCCCUCCUGCAGGAAGAGGCAGAGGAGAGGCCACCCCCUCAGCCAGUUCAGGUGUUCUAUGAGAGCCAUGUCUAAACCUAUGCAUUUCACUAUAGACAAAAAACGUCACUGUCAAAUCACAUUUGAGUUUGAUCUUUUCCACCUUAAAUGUAUUUGAAAAAAGGUCAUUUCAGCUGUUCAACUAAUGUAAUAAGCAAAGAAUUGUAACAGGUCUUAACAUUAACUGUCGAGGAUAACUGCAGAAACCAGUCUAGCGUAAUAUUCUGACCACUUGAGCCAGUGGUGAAGGGGCACCACGGGUCUGAAAUCGAAAUGCACACUUAUGUUUCCUUUAGAGACAUUUCAAAAAAUUCAAAAGUUUAAUGGAGGUUUACUAUAAAACAUAUUAUAAUUUUAUUUUAAAUAGCCGCUACAAUAUAAAUAUAUUUAAAACACUUUAUAGUCCCUGCAAAUUUGUCCUCUACAUUUGACCAGUGCAGUGCCCGGGGACCUACCUACAGAUCUUGAGCUAGUCUAGACAGAACUGCCUCAGCUGGAGGAAUUUACUUAUUGUGCAUGUUUGUUUUGAAUUAGAAAGGUCCCUAGGAACCGUACUGGUUUAACCACAUGGUUUGUAAAGGAUGAGUUUAUUUCCGAAAGUAAAUUAUCCUUAAAGUGAUAAUAAAAUAUAUCUUAAAUGGAUUCAAUAUUAGAGAUGCUUAGACCAAAUCUUCCAAUCAUCACAAUUUGUCACUCAAACCAUAUACCAUCUUCCUGCUCAUAUUUCAAACUAAAUCUUUAUUAUUUUUAAAUUUAUAUAAGCACUAAUUACCUGUCUGUGGUCAAAAUAUUAUGUAUGACUUGCACAUUUUUUUUUUUCACAUUAAGUCUGCCUCAAAUCUUUGGUCCUAAUGUCAUUUCAGACCAAGAUUUGUACCACCCACUUAUCCAGCCUCAUUGUAAUUUCACAGUCAGCAGAAACACUUGCAGGAUUCAAAACCUCGCAUUUUCAUGAUUGUACAGCCUUGAAAAAAUAAUCCAGGUAAAAUUUGGAUAGAAGUUACAUUUAAUUUGCAAAAGUAUUAUAUUAUAAUAAUUAUUAUAAUAAUUAUUAUUAGCAUUUGUGGUGUGUUUUAGUUUCAGCCUUUUAUUUUCCUAAUGUGUGCAAAUUAUUUAUAAGUUAUAUUUCCUGAAUACUUCCACAGUGGCCUCCUAUUACUUUUGCAUGUAAUUCAGAUGGUCGCCAUCUUUGUAUUGGACUGAAAAGGACUAGUUUUUUUUACUUUGUUUGGCUCAGAGUCAACAAAGACUUCUGCUUUCACCGGUGCUCUUCAAAUGCCUCUUUUGUAGUGAAUAAAAAGUGCUGUGUACAGAAA